AUGGCCUCGGCGGGCACGCCCGAGAGCGAGCACAAGCUGCGCGUCGUCAUCACGCAGCUCGUCGAGCUUUCCGGCUCAAAGGUGCACGCCUCGCGCAGCGGCGGCAUCAUGGGCCUUGCCUCGACUGCGAUCGCUCUCGGACCUCGACUCGCCGACUACCUCGGCCCCCUCAUCAUGCCCGUCCUCGCCUGCUUCGAGGACCACGAUUCCAAGAUCCGCUACUACGCGUGCGAGAGCAUGUACAACAUCGCCAAGGUCGCACACGGCGAGAUCCUCGUCUAUUUCAACGAGCUCUUCGACGCCCUGUCCAAGCUCGCGGCCGACCCCGAGGUGUCGGUCAAGAACGGCGCCGAGCUCCUCGACCGACAGCUCAAGGACAUCGUGCAGGACCAGGCCGCCCUGUACAUCUCGCGCGCCAACUAUGGCGACGACUACUCGCCCGACGUCUACCCUGACGGCCACCACCCGCAUCCUGCCGGCCCCGAGAAGGACCACGCCUCGAGCCGCCCUCAACCGCAACGCGCAUUUUCCCUCCCGCGCUUCAUCCCCCUCCUCCACGAGCGCCUGUCGGUCCUCAACCCGUUCACCCGCACCUUCCUCAUCUCGUGGCUCCUCACGCUCGACCAGGUGCCCGACCUCGAGCUCAUCACGUUCCUGCCCGACUUUCUCGACGGCCUCCUGCGGUACCUCGGAGACCCGACCGACGAGGUGCGGUGCAGCACCGAGAGCCUCCUCGAGGACCUCUUGCGCGAGAUCCGCGAGGCGAGGAAGCAGCAGCUCGAAGGGCUCGCGGCGCGGCGCGAGGCGACGCUCGCCGAGCACGACGACGAUCUCGAGGGCCAAGACGACGAGGACGCCCUCGGCGACAGCGAGGACGACGACGAGUACCCGCUCGAGGGCGACGGCAGCGCCGAGUGGCUGCCCGGCCAAGGCGUCCACAUCGAGUACGGCGCCAUCGUCGAGAUUCUUGUCCAGCACCUCAGCUUUCCCGACGAGGAGAUCCAGGCGACGUGCCUGCACUGGAUCUCCCAGUUCCUCGCGUUCGUCCCGGGCGUCGUCGUCCCGUUCGCGCCGCGCCUCAUCCCCGUCAUCCUGUCGGCCCUCGCGCACCACGUCGAGGAGAUCCAGCAGGCUGCGAGCGACACGAACGACCUCCUGUUCGCCGUCAUCCAGGCCCUACCCCCGGGCAGCGACGCCUCGUCCCUCCUCCACGCGCCGUCGUCCGCCCUCGCUCCUCUAUCGCCCUCCUCCGACUCGUCCUCGGCCCCGCAUCACCUCGCCGCAGGCCCACCGCCUCCGCCACAAGGCCUCGGCCUCGCGCUCGCGCACGACUUUGUCGACCCGCUCGAGCCCGACGCGGCGAGGUUCGCGUACGGCCAGACGGUCAACGAGCUCACGCUCCAGUUCCUGAGCGACAACGAGGAGACGAGGGUCGCGGCGCUCGAGUGGCUCCUCAUGCUGCACCAGAAGGCGCCGAGAAAGCGCAACCCGUCGGCCUCGUCGACCUCGUCCGGCCUGUCGCUCGCCGUCCUCCUCAAGCUCCUGUCCGACUCGUCCGAGCGCGUCCUGCGGUACGACCUGCAGCUCCUCGCGCAGAUCAGCUCGCUCGGGUCGGGUCCCGGGGCCGGCGCACGAGGAGCGGCAGGCGGCGGCGACGACGAGUACUUUGCGCCGCUUAUGAGCAGCCUCCUCGAGCUGUUCAGCACGGACCGCAAGUUGCUCGAGACGAGGGGCAGCCUCAUCAUCCGGCAGCUGUGCGGCAGCUUGAACGCCGAGCGGAUCUACCGCACGUGCGCCGAGAUUCUCGAGAAGGACGAGGACCUCGAGUUCGCGAGCGUCAUGGUGCAGAACCUCAACCUCAUCAUGAUCACCUCGCCCGAGCUGAGCGAGUUCCGCAAGCGCCUGCGCACGCUCGACUCAAAGGACGGCCAAAACCUCUUCGUCACGCUGUACCGGUCGUGGUCGCACAACGCCGUCGCCACCUUUACGCUCUGCCUCCUCGCGCAGGCGUACGAGCAGGCGAGCGCGCUCCUCCAGAUCUUCGCCGACCUCGAGAUGACGGUGCCGAUGCUCAUCCAGAUCGACAAGCUCGUGCAGCUCAUCGAGUCGCCCGUCUUUACCUCAUUGCGCCUGCAGCUCCUCGAGCCAGAGCGGCAUCCUUACCUCCUCAAGGCCAUGUACGGCCUCCUCAUGCUCCUGCCGCAAUCGAGCGCGUUCGCGACCCUGCGCAACCGCCUGAGCGCCGUGUCGUCGCUCGGCUUCCUCCAGACGGUCCCUCGAGCCUCGCUCAUCUCGUCCCCGCACCGCACGACCACCCCGCUCUCGUCGACCCUGAGCGGCCCGAGCCCCUCGUCCUCUUCCGGCCCCGGCUCGUCGUCCAACCCGACCCUGUCG